GGACAUUGAACUCAACGAUCACUCGAAAAAUGCCCCCCAAAGAAAAAACGAUCACUCAAAAAAAAAAGACAUUGAACUCAACGACUCCAGCUUGUCGGCGUCUCGGCGAACUUUUUUUCUCUCUUCGAUUCGAGUAGGGGUGUGAGCGGCCAAUCAAUUCGCCGGGAUUCUGCUAUGUCGAGCGGGGCCUCGUCAUCGUCCUCGGCGCCGCGGGCGGAGGCCGGGGACGGAUAUUGGGCGGCGCGGGAAGAGGCGGCGGCGCGGCUAGAGGCGAUGGCCGCGAGGCCUCUUGGGGAGGACGAACUCUCGGCGGAGCAGUUGGAGACCAACAACCAGCUCCAGGAGGACGAGGUGUUGGCACUGCAAGCUAUUUAUGGGGAUGAUAUGGUCAACUUGGAGGAUAAGGCGGGGCUUCGCUCUUUUGAGAUUUUUGUCUGGUAUCCAGUUCCUAAUGGCAGUAAGGUCUUAUUGAGUUUUCGUCCAAACGGAACUAUGAUUGGAACUGAUAAUGAUGGGAGCCAAGAUGUUGGUGAACUCUUUUAUGCUUGCAGGUUAAAGCAUUUGCCACCUGUGGUGUUAACAUGUUUGCUGCCGCGUUCAUAUCCCAGUACAUGUGCUCCUUAUUUUACUAUAUCAGCCAAGUGGUUGGAUGAACCAAAAGUUUCAUACCUCUGUACCAUGUUGGAUGAGAUUUGGACUGAGCUUCCAGGGCAAGAAGUAGUGUAUAGAUGGGUGGACUGGCUGAAUAGCUCUUCAUGGUCGUGCAUUUCUUUGAACGACAGCAUAGUAUUAGUCCCAGAUGCAACUUCAGAUGUUGUAGAUGAACGUGCUAUUGCAGGAAAAGUUCUCGUUGAUUCUACUAUUCCUCUGAUGCAAGAUUACGAUGAGAAUAGAUCUCAGGAAAUAUUUCUGAAAAGCCUACUUGAGUGUGGAAUUUGUCUUAGUGAAAACACUGGUGUGAUGCUGCUUGCUUGGGGGUUGGCAAUGAUGUUCAAUGCCAAGACUAUUUUUUCACCUUCUGCUCUUUGUGCAAAGAACGACGCCAUGUGGGGAAGGAGUGUAUUAGUCCAGCAGAGAAAAUUAGCAUUUUGAGGGAACGGCACCAGAAAUAUUCUAUGACAGAAAAAUAAUUGUUGAGACAACAGAGGGAAAUAGAUGAACUGCUAAAUGUCAUUGAAGUGCUUCGCAAUUCUAAGCAAUGUCCCUCUUGUAAUAUGGCUAUCUCAAAAACUGCAGGCUGCAACAAGAUGACCUGUAGGAACUGCGGGAAAUUCUUCUGCUAUCGUUGCAACCAGGCAAUUAGUGGAUAUAACCAUUUCUGGUAUGGAGAUUGUGUGCUGUUUGAACACACCAAUCAAGGGAGACGCUUUGGACUCUAUGAAGAAUUCUGCUGUUUGUACUUGCUUUGGUUAUUACUUACGAAACAUGUCGACUAACAUCUCAAUGCAAUGCCAUGUUUUAUUGGCAGCUGGGCACAAACAAUCAUAUUUUGUGCAUGGGUUGCCGAGGCCACUCCUGCACGUUAUGCCGGAAGAAGGUUUUGAAGAGCUCUGGAAACUAUGGACCGAGAGGUUGCCAGCAACACACAGAUCCUUGAGACUCCAAAUCUUGCUGUAUACAGUACAUCACUCCUUUAUACAGAACAUCUUCGCCACUUCCAGUGUUUGCAUCCACUCGUUGCCCAAAACGAGAGGAUUCCUGUUGGCGGGGACAAUGUAAAUUUGCAAUUAGGAGGUUCCAUGGUAGCAUUUUAGCUAGGAGGAACUUUGAUGUCAAGAGCAAAUGGUUCGCCAUGUAAUUAACAGCAGAACAAGGCAUUCUAUUGACUGUAAAUUGAAGAUUCAAUUCUUGGCGAACGGUUGAAGAUUCAGUUCGUUUUUAUGCAUGUA